AUGAAGGAUGACGACACUAUUGAUUCUUUUACCGCAAAGAUUAAUAGUAUCGUUACCCGAGCAACUGAAGUAGGAACGACAUUGAGUCAACCGACUCUAGUACGCAAACUCCUAAAUGGCGUACCGGAUAAGUUUACUCAAAUCGUUGCCUCCAUGGAACAAUACUCCGAUCUAGAAACUAUGACGCUAGAAGAAGCGGUCGGAAGAUUAAAAACGUAUGAAGAAAGGUUAAAGUUGAAGAAAAAGGAAAGCCCCGUGAACAAUCUAGAAGAACUUCUGUAUGCGGGUCAUGGACAACAUGUUGGAAAUCAUGGACGAGGGAGAUUCUGUCCGUCACGAGGCCGAGGGAGAGGAAAUUAUCAACAUAGGGGUGAAAGGCACACCUCUUACGAGUCGGAAGGAACCGACAAACCACAAAGUGAUGAUAGCAAGCAAGAGACACCGACUAUGAGAGAUAAGUCGAAAAUCACUUGCUACAGAUGUGAGAAACUUGGGCACUAUGCCUAUGAAUGCCCAACCAAGAAAACCAAAGAAAGUGAGACACUAUUGGUCGAAAUAGAAGAAGAUGAUGAUGAACCGGCACUUCUGAUGUGCCUAGACGCUGAAGAGAAAUAG